AUGUUCUUCGCUGCUGACCACCGAAACUCUGUUGCAGGUCACCUCGUGUCCGACGAGAAGGAGAAGCACGUGUGUCCUUCCUGCGGCAAGAUAUACAAGCACAAGUUCAUCCUCAACAGGCACCAGAGGUACGAGUGCGAUGCGGGGAAAUCCAAGAUGGAGACAGACUCGGACUACCAGUGUGGUACGUGCGGUAAGACGUACGUACAUAAGGGUUCCCUGGUGAAACACCGGAAGUUCGAGUGUGGGGACCUGAGGCCCUUCCGCUGCUCACUGUGUCCCUACAGCUCUAAACAGAAGGGCCACCUGAAACUCCAUAUGUUCACCAAGCACACCAAUGUCUCCGUGGUGUUGGAUGAAGGUGGGAAGUUUCUGUGUACGAACUGCAACAAGAGCUACCGACACAAGUACAAUCUGAACAAACACCUGCGGUAUCAGUGCGGUGAUCUGAGGCCGUUCCAUUGUCACCUUUGUCCUUUCACUACCAAGUACAUGUUCAGUCUGAAGAAACACGUGCGCAUCAAACACGCUGAAAAGCGUUGCGUGUCUCCCAACUGCCGGAAGUACGCUUCUGUACUCGCUCGCAUCGCCACCGACUACACUGACUGUACAAGUAACCGCACCGAGUACACUGACUGUACAAGUAACCGCACCGAGUACACUGACUGUACAAGUAACCGCACCGAAUACACUGACUGUACAAGUAACCGCACCGAGUACACUGUUUGUACAAGUAACCGCACCGAGUACACUGACUGUACAAGUAACCGCACCGAGUACACUGACUGUACAAGUAACCGCACCGAAUACACUGACUGUACAAGUAACCGCAGCGAGUACACUGACUGUACAAGUAACCGCACCGAGUACACUGUUUGUACAAGUAACCGCAGCGGGUACACUGACUGUACAACGAGUACACUGACUGUACAAGUAACCGCAGCGAAUACACUGACUGUACAAGUAACCGCAGCGAAGUACACUGACUGUACAAGUAACCGCACCGAAUACACUGACUGUACAAGUAACCGCAGCGAGUACACUGACUGUACAAGUAACCGCACCGAGUACACUGACUGUACAAGUAACCGCACCGAGUACACUGACUGUACAAGUAACCGCACCGAGUACACUGACUGUACAAGUAACCGCAGCGAGUACACUGAUUGUACAAGUAACCGCAGCGAGUACACUGACUGUACAAGUAACCGCACCGAGUACACUGUACAAGUAACCAGCGAGUACACUGUACAAGUAACCGCAACCGACUACACUGACUGUACAAGUAACCGCACCGACUACACUGACUGUACAAGUAACCGCAGCGAGUACACUGACUGUACAAAUCUGAGUGUAGACAGCGGCAGCGGUGUUGACGGUGACACGUUCCGCUGCCCGGACUGCGGCAAGAGUUACCGACACAAGAGCAACUUGACCAAGCAUCGUCGCUACGAGUGCGGUGACCUGAAGCCCUUCACCUAUAUUUCCGCAAUUGAAGGUGACGGCGUGAAGCGGUUUCGAUGCCCGAACUGCCCGAACAGGAGCUACGGAUACAAGCGAAAUCUGACCAAACAUCUUCGGUACGAGUGCGGCGAACAGAGACCCUUCAAUUACUUGGUUGCGGCGGAGAACUGCGAUGGCGGCAAGUUCCGAUGCUCCGACUGCGGCAAGUGUUACCGGCACAAGGCUAACCUGUACAAACACAAGCGGUACGAGUGCGGAGACCAGAGGCCAUUCAGUUGGGGAACUACCGUGAACAAUUCCAGUGCCCGAACUGUGACAAGAGCUACCGCCACAGGUGCAAUUUGUACAAACACCGCCGAUACGAGUGCGGGGACCAAAAACCAUUCAGUUGCAUCUACUGCCCUUACAGCUCCAAGGCUAAGUUCAACCUCAAGAUGCACGUGUUGGCAAAACACAAGGCAGACAACACGAUGUGUUGUGAUACGAGAGCAGUUCCAGUGUCCUUCUUGUGACAAGAUUUACCUACACAAGGGCAACCUCGCCAAACACCAGCGCUACGAGUGUGGAGACAUCAGACCCUUCAAGUGUCGGUACUGCCCUUUCACUACCAAACACAAGUACAGUCUCAAGAAACAUGUGCGCAUCAAACACUCGUGCCUUGCCGUCCAAAUUGUGUAAUUCUCUUGUUCAACUUUGCUCUUUGUUAAUAAUAAUAUAUGUUUAUUACAAUUUUUUAAAGGGGUGUUUUAAUUGCCUU